AUGGUCCUAGAGCUCUCCCAUUACUUCAACGACCACCUCUGCCCAGAAUUGGUCAUUGUAGAUUCGCCUUUGAACCCGCACCGGAUGGAUCUCAACAUACUCCCCUAUAUCCCCGAUUUCUUGCUCAGUCUCCUGAUUACUGCCUCUGCAAUACACCAAGUAAUCCAGUCGCAGCCCAAUUGGCAUCUGAUCACAGUGAAUCGAACACGGGCCUUGCGGGCUAAAGUCCACCCUGGCGAAUUGGAGCCUCUCCAAACGCUUCGCCAUCCGUUAAGCUAUUUCAUCUACAAGCACCGAUCGCAGUCGUUACGAGGGUUGAAUCAGUAUUUGUCCGAGGCAGGAGCAGAGGGGCAAGAUCUGGUCUUCCAUACUGUUACUAUCAUGCUCAUGUCGGAGAUUCAAAGAUCAGCAUUCUGCAACUGGAAAAUCCAUUUCGAAGGUCUGAAGAACAUCAUUGCAUCUCAAGGUGGAUUUGAAGUGCUGGUAUCCACCAGACUUGGGAAUCUUCGAUAUUCUUUAGGCCACUUCAUGCUAAUCGAUGUAAUGAGCUCGGUCUCCACGGCUGCCUCAUCCUUGGCACAUGACACUCCGUCACAACUGAGAUAUAUCGACUGGCUGCCAGAGUUACACGGCGACGGGCUGGAAAAUGGAUUCCCGUGCCCCGAUGAGCUUUUGGCGUGUAUCAUCCACACGAACAACCUCAGAUUCAUACUUCAUCACCAUCCUCAUGAUGACACGGCGCGUGUGAACAGUGCUAUUCUGGACCUAGUUCGCAACAUCAUCACAUUCUCUCCCACGGCUUGGGCCCAACGGGCCCUCGACUCCUACAAUGAGAGACUGGAAGAACGUGUGGAAAGGCAGCGACCGCGGAAGAGAUUGAACCUUGUUCCACAGCCUGUUGAAGGCGAGGGCUGGGCUGAUCUGGCCGCUGCAUUCCAGGCAGCUACCUUGCUCUACUGCCUCAGGGCAUUAGUCCUCAAUCAUGGGAAGGAAAGCAUCCUUCCAGAGAUGUUGGGCAACCUUUAUGAAGGGCUCAUUCCGGAUGUCCAGUGCCUUGCCAGCGUAACCCUGAGCAACCUUCUCUGCAUGCUUCAUCCUUUGAUGGACCAACCGCUCCAGAAGGGCAAGUCGUUGGGCCGCUUCAUGUUCUGGCCCGUGUUGAUCGCGGGGCUGGAAAGUACAUGCAGUUCUGAGGCGUUGUCAGAAAGGCCGUUCAUUGUGAGCUCUCUGCAGGACCUUUGUCGAUGUCUCGGCGACAUGAGCGCCCUUGAUGCGGCAGUGUUCCUCCUGUCGGCAUGGAACCUAGACGAGGCAAAUCAUUCCGGGACCAUGCAAAGAGUUUGCACUUGGGACGAGCUUUUUGAGAGAAUGGGCGUGCAUGGCGUCUUCUUUUUCUGA